GGAUUUAGCCAGUGUCUUUGUGUUACUUUUUACUUUUGUCUUUUUACAUUUCUGUUGUGUGCCUUCAGCUAACAUCUGUCAAGGUCACUCUCCUGGGAGAACUCUUCCCUAAAGAGCCAUGGGCCUGUCUGCUUGGAAUCUGCCCUGUGUGGUCGCAGUACUAAUCUGUUGGAGUGCAACGUCCAUAUGCGCCUUUCCCUUGAACAUCACAAUGGAAAUGAGUGGUGACGGUGUGGAAGCAGAGCUUUUCCCUGCCGUUCUGACCACUCACAUCCCUGUUCCCGUCACGCCGACCCAGAAGGUCAGCACCAUCACCACCACCAUCAUUCGCCUAAAGGACUUUGUCUUCAGCCAAGUGGUGGACGUCUUGAAGGAGAACCUGCUGCUAUUCACAGUGGUGACCUCUCUCCUCAUCGUCAUCAUCUUCAUCGUGUGCUGCGCCUCCGCCAUGAGUCACAAGCGCAAGCUGGACACUUUCUACCCCCCUACCAAAAAAUACCUCCCCAGGACAUACAUGGACCACGGGGCGGCCCAGUCAAAGAAUCCUCAGCCCCAAGCAACCACUGCCACGGCCAAGAGCCUACGCACACCGUCUAAAGCACUCGUGGGGCCCAAGGAGGGCAAAGACCCGAGACCCAAGCCGCUGGAGGUGCCCGCCGUGCAGGAGGUGGAGGAGGUGGACGUGGAGAUGCAGAGGGACGAGCCCAAAGUGGCCUCGGACCCAAGAAGCCCCGGUCAAAGCACGAGCCCAGCUGUGGUGUGCACCUGCCACCUGAGGAAGGGCACUCACCCAGCUGAGUGAGGAAGAGAUAUUGACAAUGUUUGGAGUGAUCUAUAAUAUGUUUCAGUUCUGGGGGAAAAGAACUUUGCUGUCUGAUUCUUUAUCGUAGUAAUUCCACAGUAGCAUUUUCCUGAUUUACGAAUAUUUUUCUCGAUGUAAUUCUUUGACACAGUGUUAAUACUCAUUUUAAUUCUGCUGAUUGCUUUCUGCCAUUUCAAUGCUUAUUCUAAAUAGGCUUGAGUUACAAAUAAAGUUUGUAAGCACUU